UCAGAAAUUACAAAUUAGCCCCUUAAUUUGUGUCAAUUCUUUCAUAUAACACCCGUUUGUUCUUCUAAUCUUACUUCAUCUUCUUCGUCAAAUCACACAUCAUCUAAAAGAAGAAAACAACCUACGAGGAAAUGGACGAUAAAAAUUCAGAAUCUUUUUUGAGAAACCAAAGAAAAAGAAGGUGACCCUCUUCUAAUCGACUGAUCAAUCAUUUUUUUCCCAGCUGGCUUGAAUCGGAAAAAAGGUAAAUCCAAAAUAAAAAAGCUGCAGAAUUUGAAAUCUGUGAGUAUCAUUGUGUGCGUGUGUGUCUUGUGGAAGAAGAGAGAGUUAAUAAUGGCGAAAGCAGGAGGGAUCACGAAUGCAGUAAACGUAGGAAUCGCUGUUCAAGCAGAUUGGGAGAAUCGAGAAUUCAUCUCACACAUCUCUCUCAAUGUUCGUCGUCUCUUCGAAUUCCUCGUCCAAUUCGAAUCGACCACAAAGAGCAAGUUGGCAUCUUUGAAUGAGAAGUUGGAUCUGUUGGAACGUCGCUUGGAAAUGCUGGAGGUGCAAGUGAGUACCGCCACAGCUAAUCCUUCUCUGUUUGCUACGUGAACCACGCAUAGCUGAUAUCUCUGUUGAAAUGGAAACCGAAACCUGAGUCUGAGCCUUUGGCUUAAUCGUAAGAAGCAUCUUUUGUUGAAUGUUGUACCAUUGAAUGAUUCUUUUUCUUUCUUCCCAUAGCUGUAGACCUGUAGUAAGUAAUCUGGUAGCUUAAAAAUAUGAAUCCAUUCAUAACUCUGUGUAUCUUGUGUCUGUCUAUUAAGAUCUCUUUUGAAUGACAAAUCAUUUCAUUAAACU